CUGCCUUUACACUCAGUGGCAGUUUCUGUUGCCGCCCGAAGUCCCUAUUUGAGUUUCCGCUGCCACGAUUUGAGUUUGCCCUUACUGUCGUCCUGUUUCCAAACAUGUCACAUAUAUCUGCCAUGAAGAGAAAGGCGAUCCAUGCUCUAGCAGAAACUCUGUCUAAACAAGUGGAGCACUUCAGUGAGACAGAGGUGGAGGGUCUGAUCAGACUGUACCAUGAGCUGCUGGGGGAGUCCGCCGCUCAGGGCAGAGCAGUCACAGGUCUGGACAGAAACAGGUUCAGGACUUUACUGUACAACAAAUUCGGGAUGACUGAUGACCUGAUCAUGGACAGAGUCUUCAGGACAUUUGACAAAGACAACGACAGCUUCGUGAAUGAGAAAGAGUGGAUCGAAGGACUUUGCAUUUUCCUCCGAGGGACCUUGGAUGAAAAAAUUAAAUACUGCUUCAAUGUGUACGACUUGAACAGUGACAACUACAUCUCAAGGGAGAAAAUGUUUCAUAUGCUGAAGGACAGCCUCAUCAGGCAGCCCUCAGAGGAGGACCCAGACGAGGGAGUCAAGGAGCUGGUGGAGAUGACACUCAAGAAGAUGGACUAUGACCACGAUGGGCGGUUGUCAUUUGACGACUUUAAUAAGGCAGUGAAGGAAGAGAACCUGUUACUUGAAGCUUUUGGAACCUGCCUCCCUGACGCUACGGUAAGAAGGAAUUAA